AUGACCACCUCUCUGGUUCUGAAUCCUCGUUGGGCGGAUACAGUAAUGUUUGUGUAUGAGAACAACUUGGAUGAGCUAAACAAGAACAUGGAAAGUCUGGUCGGUAGCAGCAAUUUCACGGCCAACCAGUGCAGGAAUUUGAUGGCUCACUCGGCUAUAAGCGGUCACCCGUCCAGUCUUGUGCACGGUUCUAGUUAUUCCACAGUGGACAUGGCACCGUCGAGUUCAGCAGAAACGAACAAGCAAUGCGCCCCGUGUCCGACGGUUCCUCAGGCAUCAUCCACAGGGCCUAUAACUUAUAGCUACUUUGGCAAUAGCUAUUACCCCUGCAGAAUGGGGCGGGGUUCACUGAAGACUUGCACCCAACCUAGCGCACUUGGCUACUCUGCAGAGAAGUACAUGGACACCCCAGUCGCACCUGAUGAAUACCCCAACAGAGCCAAGGAGUUCGCCUUCUACCACGGGUACCCUAGUCCUUAUCAGUCCAUGGCCAGCUAUUUGGACGUGUCGGUGGUGCAGACACUAGGUGCAGGAGAGCCGCGACACGACAGUCUUCUUUCAAUGGAUACUUACCAACCUUGGGCUUUGGCAAACGGAUGGGGAGGUCAGAUGUAUUGUUCCAAAGACCAGAGCCAGGCAGGACAUCUUUGGAAAUCUGCAUUGGCAGAUGUUGUGGCCCACCAACAUGACGGGGGCCCUUUCCGUCGAGGUCGAAAGAAAAGGAUACCAUACACCAAAGUGCAGCUAAAGGAACUGGAGAAAGAGUACGCAGCCAACAAGUUCAUCACAAAGGAUAAAAGGAGAAAGAUUUCCGCGCUAACCAACCUGUCCGAGAGGCAGAUCACAAUCUGGUUUCAGAACAGGAGAGUAAAGGAAAAGAAAUUUGUCGCCAAAGUUAAAAACAAUGCACCAUAG